AACUGUCCUUUGAUUCUGCAGGACCAUUAUGACUUUGGCAUGCGUGCUGUGAAGUCUGUCAUCUCAGCUGCAGGCAACCUCAAGAGGAUGUACCCGGAUAUGGUGGAGGAACUGAUCGCACUUCGUGCUAUCCGAGACGUGAACGUACCCAAAUUUCUGGUGGAUGACCUGAAGUUGUUCAGUGGUAUUGUCUCUGAUCUGUUCCCCAACAUCAAGGAAGAACCCAUUGACUAUGGAGAUCUGGAGACAUCUCUUAGGAAGUCUUGUCAAAAAACUGGGCUCAAAGAUGUGGAUGGUUUCAUCAACAAGUGUAUCCAGCUGUUUGAAACUACUGUUGUCCGUCAUGGCCUUAUGUUGGUGGGUCCAACAUGCUCUGGAAAAACCAAGUGUUAUGAAAUGCUGCAGAAAGCUCAGACAUCUCUCAAGGGUCAACCCUCCCCUGCCAUGACAGAUUUCCAAGCCACUCACACCUACGUGCUCAACCCAAAGUCCAUCACCAUGGGUCAGCUGUACGGUGAAUUUGAUCUGCUCACUCAUGAGUGGACUGAUGGUAUCUUGUCCACCCUGAUCCGUGUGGGAGCAUCAUCCCAGGAUGAGGACAAAAGGUGGUUUGUCUUUGACGGUCCGGUGGAUGCUGUGUGGAUUGAAAACAUGAAUACUGUGCUGGACGACAACAAGAAACUCUGCCUCAGCAGUGGAGAGAUCAUCAAACUGACUGACCACAUGACCAUGAUGUUUGAGGUGGCUGACCUGGCUGUAGCGUCUCCGGCCACUGUCAGUCGCUGCGGCAUGGUGUACCUGGAGCCAUCCUACAUCGGUCUGGACCCCUUCGUGGAGUGCUGGAUGAAGAAAGUGCCGGAGGUCAUCUACCAGUACAAGGAGAAGUUUGAACAGCUCUUUGAGGCCUUCAUGCAG